GAUGUCGCCACAAUCGUUCAAGCUGGCCAAGACGAGACAAAAUGGCAAGGAAUGUUGUAAAAAAUCGAAUUAAAGUGAUGUUUUAAUAACAUUUGGGAAUUUUGUAUUAGUGUAGAGUUCUAAAUUAUAUAUUUUUGGACCUUGUGAUGAGUAGUGUUCAAUGUGUUUAUGCAAUGUUAAUUGUGUUUUCGGUUUAGUGAGUCUUUCCCAAUUAUGAAUCCUGUACUCUUAACAAUAGAUUAAUCUGAAGAAAUGAGAAGGGGACUCUGAUCUACAAACUACCGACAUGAUGUUCUGGAAUUUGGGCGUCAGUCUUACACAUUGCCUUAUCCUUGUUUUACUUCUCACAAUACAAACAAUAUUAGCCCUAAAGCCAGGUAGUGCAAGAUUGAUGACCAUCCACUGGAACUCUACAAACCCUAUAUUCAGGAUCGAUAAUACAGAUAAUAUUAUCGAUGUUAAUAAGAAUAAUUUGCCAUUUGAAUAUGACCAAGUGGACUUGAUAUGUCCCGUUUAUACCCAAGGCUCCACAGAAAAGAACAUGGAGAAAUAUAUCAUAUAUAACGUGUCGAAAGAUGAAUAUGAGACAUGUAGGAUAGUGAAUCCUAACCCAAGUAUUAUAGCUGUGUGUGAUAAACCAUACAAACUUAUGUAUUUCACAAUAACUUUCCGACCUUUCACCCCCCAACCUGGAGGUCUAGAGUUCCACCCAGGACAUGAUUAUUAUUUCAUAUCCACUUCAUCCAAUGAUGAUCUACACAGAAGAAUUGGAGGAAAGUGCGAUUCGCACAACAUGAAAAUCGUGUUCAAAGUGUGGGAUUCCAAAGCGGCUACUACUUCAACCCAUAACCCACUGGAGCAUUCGCCCACGUGGUGGACUUAUCCGUCAUGGAGAACGACAACCACAACAGCCCGUCCAACCACGACGCGGCCAUCUACUACUACUAAAAAAUCCAAGCCACACAAGAAGAAGGAAAACGAAGUAGUCAAAAGUGAACUCACAUUAGGAGCCAACUCGUCCAGUGUUAGUGCGAAGUUAUUAGUAUUAUGCGUACUAUUCUCAGCGAUAGUUGCAAUGCGAUGAAGUUUCCGUUAAAUAUGACAGUGUCACACUUAAAUGUUGAUCAUUUAAGUAUCUAGAUGUUCUUAACGAACUUCAAAUCGACCUACAAAUGUUUUUGUUUUAUACACAAUUCAUGAGGUCUUCUGAAUUUUACUGGUAGUUUUUUUGAUGACCUUUUAUUUUUUUAUUCCUAUUUAUCUAUAUUUAUUUUUGAAAUUGUUCAUAUCACCCGUGUAGAAAGUAGCGUUUUAUGUGAUCAAAGUCUUGCCUUCCCUUAUUUCAUUCUCUGAUAGAUUUAUUAAGCUUAGGAAUGUAUUAUAAGGAUUCAAUAUAAGGUACUAACGUUUA